UCUAGAACACCCGGAAGGCUCGGCCCUUGCCCAGAGGCCUCGGCCCGGCCGCUCGGCGCCGGAGUCGGCCGUGCGCGCGCGCGCGGGAGCGAGCCCAGCCCGGCUUGUGCGCUCGGGGUCCGGGGACCCCCGGCUGGCGGCGGCCCGGCCAGCUGCAAAAUAUGGCUCAAGAGACUAACCAGACCCCAGGGCCCAUGCUGUGUAGCACAGGAUGUGGCUUUUAUGGGAACCCUAGGACAAAUGGCAUGUGUUCUGUUUGCUACAAGGAGCACCUUCAGAGACAACAGAACAGUGGCAGAAUGAGCCCGAUGGGGACAGCUAGUGGUUCCAACAGUCCUACCUCAGAUUCUGCAUCUGUACAAAGAGCAGACGCUAGCUUAAACAGCUGUGAAAGUGCUGCUGGUGGCACAGCUGAAAAGUCAAGAAACGUGCCUGUGGCCGCCUUGCCAGUGACUCAGCAGAUGACAGAAAUGAGCAUUUCAAGAGAGGACAAAAGAACUACGCCGAAAGCAGAGCUGUCAGAGCCAGUGGUCACUCAGCCCAGUCCAUCCGUUUCUCAGCCCAGUACUUCUCAGAGUGAAGAGAAAGCUCCUGAGUUGCCCAAACCAAAGAAGAACAGAUGUUUCAUGUGUAGAAAGAAAGUUGGCCUUACAGGGUUCGACUGCCGGUGUGGAAACUUGUUUUGUGGACUUCAUCGUUACUCUGACAAGCACAACUGCCCUUACGAUUACAAAGCAGAAGCUGCAGCGAAAAUCAGGAAAGAGAAUCCAGUUGUUGUGGCUGAGAAAAUCCAGAGAAUAUAGAGUACUACUUGUGAAGAGACUGAAAGUUUGUUUUUAUUUUAAUAUAUCGUAGGAAAACAUUAAAGAGCAGAUGCAUGGCCAUUUUUCUUUGGUGUUCUCCAGAGUUUUACUUUACACUUGUCUGUCUUAAUUAAUAUUUUAGGAUGUUUGGGUGUUUGUUACAGGCAGAAUUGGAUAGAUACAGCCCUACAAAGUGUAUGUGCCCUCCCCUGGCUAGAAUUGGAUGAAAAUCGACUCAGUAAACUGAUACACACAGAUAACGGACAAAAUGGAGUUCCCAUGUGCCAAACAUUAUGAAAUCUCUGCAUGUUUGCAGCAUAUCUGCCUUGUGGGAGUGUAAUUCAGGUGUCAGCUUUUGGCUCGUGGUGUGUGCCCAUAGCUGUAGGAAAAUGGUACACCAGAAAAGGACUGGCAGUCUACUUCUACCAUACUUCAACCUCACCCUCUUCAUUUCCACACGUUCUUUGAGAGCAGGAAAACAUCCGAGGCUCGUUUGCUUUCUGUUAAGCCCAGUAUUGGGUGCCGGACGUAACCUGGUUAAAUUGGUCUUCUAAAAGCUGUCAACUAAAUGGUUUCUGCAAAAGGUAAACAUCACGCCUGAGCCAGGAACGGGGUCUUGAGGUGAGCUUUGCCACCGAUGGCCGGCACCAGGCCAGGUCUGCCUUCUCUUUGCUGAAAGUGUGUAGCACUGAACUGCACUAGGAUUAACUUGUUUACAAGAAGAAAAUAAAACUUUCGACUUUCACAAUCAGCAGCUCUAUCGAGUAACAUGCAUCUGAAUUUUUAAGUUGCAAAGGUAUCUGAACAGUUAAUUUUCAUGUACAUCUUUUAUUGAAUGUUUUGGUUCAAGAAAGAAUGUUUAAAACUUCCUUCAAGACUUCAGUUGUCACUGUAACUACCCUUCUGCAUGGAGAACCCUCCCCACCAUGGCUGCAGUAGACGUAGUGGUACCCAGCACCACCUGCAGAGGGCUGCUUUCUCCUAGCAACUACCUGGGCGUAGGACUCUAGUGUUCUCGGGUGUCUUGCAUGGGCUGCAUUAUCUACAGCAUUGUACAAUAACAACUAGAAAAGGCAGUAUACUUCACUGAUGCUUGUCUGGUAAUACCACUUCUGUGUUAUAAUGGAAGGUUUUUUUGUGCUGUAUGAAACUUGUGUUUUUUAUAUAUAAAUGAGUAUAGUUAGAUUAGUGUUGUGGUAAUGCCUGUUUUCAUCUGUAAAUAGUUAAGUAUGUACACGAGGCACUACUUCUGAUUUAUUGCAGUGUUGAGUCCUAGUUUUUACUUUAUUAAAGCCUUCAGAUUUGCUUUCAAUUCUUUGUACCUUAGUUCUGAGUUAGAUCUACAGAUGUGUACAGAUAGUUCAUAUUUAUGUAUUGCACAUAAUCAUGCUAUUCAGCAUUGAUGCUCUAUUGUAUUAUGUAAAUAAUAAAAACCAUGUACAGAGGGAA